UUGUAUGCACUAGGAAACGCAUUUAACGAUUUGAUGUUUUCUCACCUAUGGUAGAAAUGGUUUUGUCCGUAGGGGUCAAAGUUGACUUCUCUCCCAAACAAAGAUCAGCUGAUUGCCGGGAACUGCGACACAAAGUCUAACGUUACGAAAAUACUCAACCAAAAUGACGCCUGUUCUCGCCUUGCAGUUGAUGUUUCUCGCAUGUACGUUGCCCCAUGUCAAAGCCGAGACAAAAUCGGACUUUCUGAACGCCAGGGCUAACUUGUUGUCGCUGGAACAUGGGCUUAAAACGGGGGGAGACCUCGCCCUGAACGAUAUGGAGAGGGCGGUGAACAAAGUGCUGAUGGCCCUGAAGGUGAAGGAACUCGAGACGGCGCUCGGAUCGGGAAGUUUCCCACCGUCUGCACACUUCUUUCACGCCAAACCUGCGAUAGAGCAGAGCAAAGUGUUCCAGUUUAUCAGGAAGAUGCCAAAAGGUGCUGCACUCCACUUACACGACGACUCCCUAACAGACCUCUCCUGGCUUGUGAAGAACGCCACCUACCAGCCAGACUGUUUCAUGUGCCUGAACCGUCAGCACGGGAUGCUGCAGUUCACCUUCUCUGGCAGCUGGCCGGCACAGGAUCCAAACUGUAACUGGAGACGCGUCAAUAACACAAGGAUUGAAACAGGAAAUGCCACCAAGUUUGAUGCUGAAUUGGUGGCGAACAUGUCUCUCAUCAGAGAAGACCCCAAGAUGGCGUACCCGACUCAGGCAGCAGUCUGGAAGGCAUUUGAAGGGGUUCUAACUGUGGCCAAUGGCCUCAUAUUCUACAGUCCUGUCUUCAAGGCUUACUUCUAUGAGGCACUCAGGGAGUUCUAUGAGGACAAUGUGCAGUAUAUCGAGCUGAGAGGACUGUUGCCACAAAUCUAUGAGCUGGAUGGUACCACUCAUGAUGAGGAGUGGGUGGUGGCAGCUUAUAAAGAAGUCACAGAACAGUUUGUAAAGGACUACCCGGAUUUCUCCGGAGCAAAGUUCAUCUACUCAAGCAUCAGGGCAUUCAACCAAAGUGACAUUGCCAAAGAUGUGGCCAAAGCCCUGAAGUUGCGUGCCAAAUUCCCCUCGUUCUUUGCUGGGUAUGACCUGGUGGGACAGGAGGACCCCGGUCACCCCCUAGUGUACUUUCUGGACACCCUCCUUCAGCCUGGUCAGCAGAAACCACCACUGGACCUGCCGUACUUCUUCCACGCAGGGGAGACAGACUGGGAGGGAAUGGCCGUGGACAACAACAUAGUGGACGCCAUCCUGUUGAACACGACACGUAUAGGACAUGGAUUUGCACUCGCAAAACAUCCUGUCGCCAUGGAUUUGGCAAGGAAAAAGGGCAUUCCCAUUGAGGUGUGCCCCAUAUCAAACCAGGUGUUAAAACUUGUGGACGACCUGCGAGACCAUCCUGUGUCCUUCCUCCUGGCCCAGGGUCAUCCUGUGGUCAUCAGUGCAGAUGACCCAUCUGUGUGGGGUGCCAAGGGUCUGUCCUACGACUUCUACCAGGCCUUCAUGGCCAUGGGAGGGGUCGAUGCUGACCUUGCAUUCUUAAAGAAACUGGCUCUAGACUCUUUAAGGUACAGCAGUAUGGCAGAGGAUGAGAGGUCAAAGGCCAUGGAGCUGUUUCAACAAAAAUGGAAAUUGUUCCUCCAUGAUGUCCUUUCCAAUGGCAUCUGAAGGUCUUCAGUUCAGUUCAGUUCAUCCUCUGUAGAGAGGUGACAUCAGAACACAGUAUGUAUCCGCAAGCCCUAUGAUCAAUAGUAGUUCGGGCACAAAGUAGUGGGUCACAGAAUUUGAAAGAGCUGUAGAAAUUCUUCUGUGCACAAAAUACUGUGUUCUGCUGACUUCAAACAUCACCACAGCAUUCCAGCUGGAACAAGGGUGAAGGUUCAGUACAAAAAACACUCAUCUAAUAAACCACUAUGAGUUUUCCUUUUGUCAAGGCCAGUAAAAAGAAAUUUGAUUUAACUUUCUGAAAAGAUAUAUGGGUACGUAUGUUAGAAGUUGUGUUUAAUAACUGUCAUUUUAAAUGUUCCAUAAUUUAGUUGUCUUUCUGUAACAUAUUCCAUUUGUUACCCAUUAGUAUCCUUUGUAUGUGCAAUUGAAUUAAGUGCUUAACUAUAGUAUUAAGCAAAAUGACAAAGGAGAUGUUUAAGUUUUGACAAUUGUUUUAUCACAAGGUUUGUUUGUUAUUGUAGCCUGUAGAACUUAUGACCACAAACAUACAUAUGUCUUUAUGAGGUUAUUAUAUAGUUUAGAUGAAGUAGGACCAAUGUGUAUUUUAACAAAGGUACUAAAUUAUUAAUCACCAAUGCAAUUAAGAGUACAGUAGUUUUAAGUUACUAAAUGGUGCAGGUACACUUUAAAUAAUAACUACAUGUAAAAUUACUGUUGAAUGUUAGAGAUUACCACUAUUGAUUAGUGUUUUUUAAUCAUGUGUCAAUGAGCAUCUAUUUUAAGAAAUACAGACAGCUUAUGAUAAGUGAUGAUGUAACAGAGGUCUGAAAUGUUGCAUAUAUUGUUCUUCUUGAUAUUGUAAAUUGUGAAGUUCAAAGUAUGUUUAUUUGAAGUAUGUUUCCAAGCAAGACCACUUUAUGUUAA